CGUCCAACCGGCUAUUUCUGCACUUGUCCCUUUUCGGAGUUUUACUUGCGGCCCAGCCAACUCGAGAACCCACUGGUCCGUAAUUAUGCUGAAUUCACCAUCCAGAUCCGGACAAUCGUACUGUAAUUGAAGUGAAAUCGUCGGAACUCCGUCGCCGGUAAUUUAUCUUGCUCCAGCACCGGUUACGUUGUCCGAAACGAAUUAUGGCUACGAUUGAUGUGAUCAAGUGUUGUACCGAUUCCAUUAGACACAUAUCAGAUGAAAUUAGAGAUGCCAUAGUUUAUCUGGAUGCAGGGAGUACUGAAAGCUUUGAAUUUCUUGGAGCAUUCUCUUUGUUGUUGGAGCUGGGUGCACAUGCCAUUUGCAGCUUGGAGAAAAUGUCUCCUCUCGAUAAGGUGGUUGAUUGGAAUUCGACUUCUGGGCCUGCAAAGAAAAUUGUUGUCAUCACGUCACGUCUUCUAAGUGAUGCACAUAGAUAUAUUUUACGUUGCCUGAGUGCACUUCAGACUGUCUGCAGCUGUGCUAUAUUUACAUGCAUCUCAGAGACGGGUCACUCAGCAUACCCUGAGUCACCCUUAGGACCGGAUGCAUAUCGUGAAUAUGAAUCCUUGCUUGUCCAAGAUUAUGAGGAGCUUGCUGGAAAGUCUCUGAGGAACUCUAAUCAUGCUGGAGAGAGCACAGUAAAGGAAAGUGUGUCCGCUGAAGAUGAAGGGUGGUCACAAUUAACCACCAGUGAAGAAGCGACUCCUAAUUUCAGUUCUGUUGCAAGUCCACGAAAACUUUAUGGUGACAGUGUAAUUGACCUGAGAGAAGAUGUAGGGAAAAAGUUGAAAGUUUCUGUGCAUCAUUUCCCUUUGGUCUUGUGUCCCUUUUCACCCAGAUUCUUUGUCUUGCCUUCAGAAGGAUCAGUUGCUGAAGCAUACCUGUCCACUGAACAUGAUAACUCUAUGAGCUUUGGGUUGCCUCCAAUAAGUACUGGGACACCUGCCGAUGGUGAGGAUGUCCCUCCUGGGGCAAUUCUUACCGCUCAAUUUCUUUAUCAUCUGGCGGCAAAGAUGGACCUGAAACUUGAAAUAUUUUCCCUGGGUGAUAUUUCAAAAACUGUUGGAAAGCUUCUGACGGACAUGUCAAGUCUUUAUGACGUUGGUCGACGUAAGAGAUCUGCAGGGCUAUUACUCGUAGAUCGCACACUUGACCUUCUUACUCCAUGCUGUCAUGGUGACUCACUUGUGGAUCGUAUGUUUUCAUCAUUGCCUCGCAGGGAACGGAUGUCGCCCUUAAGUCAAGCUAAAAGCUCGCAAAGCCAGCUUAAACUUGGCCCCGCUUACUUGCAACGUUCUCCUCUUACUGUUCAGAUACCACUGAAUAAUAGUUUAAGAGAGGAGACUUCUAGUUUUGGCAACUUUCAGCUGGUGGAAAACAUUGAAGCAUUUCUCCGUGGCUGGAGUUCUAGAGACUCAACUUCUCAAAUGGUUGAGUUGGUGAAUCUUAGCGCUAAACUUAGUGAUGAAAUGUCCUCGCAAGAUUUUCAGAGUGACCUUCUUUGUGGUUCUUUUGUCUCCACGGAGAAUUUUCAUGGAACACCAUACCUGGAAGCCAUACUAGAGCGAAGGACAAAAGAUGGGGCUGUUCUGAUCAAGAAAUGGCUGCAGGAAAGUUUACGUCGGGAAAAUUUGUCAUUGAACGUAAAAGUACGUCCUGGUUAUGUUUCACAAUCAGAUUUGCAGCCUAUGAUUAAGGCAUUGGCCAAAAGCCAGUCAUCUUUGAUGAAAAACAAAGGAAUCAUCCAGUUAGCUGCAGCAGCAUUAUAUGCUUUAGAUGAAUCACAUAGUGCUAAAUGGGAUGCAUUUAACAGUGCUGAGAAGAUAUUGAAUGUAAAUGCUGGAGACACAAGCCAGAGUCUUGCUGCUCAAAUUAGCGAUCUCAUAAAUAAAAGUGCUUUUGUUAGUUCCCAGGGAAAUAAUAAGAUGGAUGCUCAGCGGGGGCUUCUUACUCUACAAGAUGCUCUUCUUCUCACAGUUGUUGGAUAUAUAUUGGCAGGUGAGAAUUUCCCAUCUUCUGGGACUAUUGGUCCUUUCUCUUGGCAAGAGGAACAUUUUAUGAAAGAAGCUAUUGUUGAUGCGAUUGUUGAGAACCCAACAGUUGCAAAAUUAAAGUUUCUGCAAGGUUUAACUCAGGAUCUUGAAGCCAACUUUAAUAGACAAUCAGAAAAAAAGGUCGGUCUUUCUAAUACUGAAGGUGUUGAUUUUGAUGAUGACGAUUGGGGUAGUUGGGGUGAUGAAGAUGCUGGAAAAGAUAAAAACAAAGAGCAAGUGUAUGGUGACAUGCAGCUAAAGUUAGAGUUGUGUGAUAGGGUGGAUAAUCUUUUCAAAUUCUUUCACAAAUUGUCCAGCUUAAAGAAGAAUAUUUCAUUCAGAGAGUGGUCACAGGCUCUGGAGAGUAAGUUCAAUGAUGAUCCUUACUCAAACAAAGGACUACUUUAUAAAGUGCUUUCAAGGGUGCUGGCUAAGCAUGAAGUACCUGGUUUAGAGUAUCAUUCAUCUACUGUUGGCCGGCUAUUCAAAAGCGGGUUUGGGAGAUUUGGCCUUGGGCAGGCAAAACCAAGUCUGGCAGAUCAAGAUGUCAUUCUCGUUUUUGUUGUGGGGGGCAUAAAUAGCGUUGAGGUUCGAGAAGCUCAGGAGGCAUUAUCUGAGAGCAGUAGGCCUGAGGUUGAACUGAUUAUUGGCGGAACGACUCUUCUUACACCUAACGAUAUGUUUGAAUUACUGCUGGGCGAUUGUUCUUGCGUUUAAGGUUGUAUAACUUUAUUUGUUUUGAUCUGUAAAUUUAAGGUGAAAAGUUCUGUCUAAAAGUCAGAUACUUUGAGAAUACAAACUUCUUUUACCUUCAUGUAAACCACAGAAUUGCAAGUCCCCCCUUCCUCUGGCAAAACAUCCUGCAUUUUCCUUCUUUGCUUGGGGGGAAGCUUUAAAGAAAUUAGGACUUUGUAAUUUAUAUCAAAUCAAUAGUAACAUCGCAUGUGUUUUUUAAUCA